GCGCGCGGACGGGCGGGUUGCGUCAGCGGGGCGGAACUCCGGGGCCGACGCGAGGCGCGGCGGGUCACGAGGGUCGCGACGGGCUAUAAGUAGCGGCCGGGCGUACACCGCCAAAGUGAUGGCUGCCGGCGUGCCCUGCCAGCGUUCCUUCGGCUGCUGAGGCACAGCCCCGCCAAGCCUUCCCGGGAACCUCCGCCUCGGGCCGCCUGCUCGCCGGCCCCAGGCGCGUGCGUCGGUGGCGCAGCCGGGACCUCCAGACUGCCGUCCGGCUCCUCGUUUCCUCUGGAUGAACCGGCGUCCUUGCUCUUCCAAGCCAUGGAAUUCUGCCCCGCUCCUUUAGACCCCCAGAGCCAGAGGGACCCGAGACCGCAGAUGCCCCUACACAGCGUAUAGCAUUAACUCACCAGCUUGGUUUCUCUGCCCUAGUUUACAGUAUUUAAUUUUACGUAAUAUAUAUUAUUUAUUAUAGCGUGCUCGAUACCUCAUUCUCUGUUUACACACCUUGAAAGCUCCCAGUAAGCCCCUUAAAGUUACAGACCACUGCUUCGGAGGAUGGCGACCACCGUGGCGACGCUACUGAGCAGUGCCCUGAGCACUGCUCCCACCCCCUCACCGGCGGACUACCUGUGGAUGCUGGUGCUGGGCUUCGUCAUUGCCUUCGUCCUGGCCUUCUCUGUCGGGGCCAAUGACGUGGCCAAUUCGUUCGGCACGGCUGUGGGCUCUGGCGUAGUGACCCUGAAGCAAGCCUGCAUAUUGGCCAGCAUCUUUGAAACCGUGGGUUCUGUCCUGCUCGGGGCCAAAGUGAGCGAAACCAUCAGGAAGGGCUUGAUUGACGUGGACAUGUACAACUCUACCCAGGAGUUGAUGGCAGGCUCCGUCAGUGCGAUGUUUGGCUCUGCUGUGUGGCAACUAGUGGCUUCAUUUUUGAAGCUUCCCAUUUCUGGAACCCACUGCAUUGUUGGUGCAACCAUUGGCUUCUGCCUUGUGGCAAAGGGGCAGAAGGGUGUAAAGUGGUCUGAACUGAUAAAAAUCGUGAUGUCUUGGUUCGUCUCUCCGCUGCUUUCUGGUAUUAUGUCUGGAAUUUUGUUCUUCCUUGUUCGUGCAUUCAUUCUCCGCAAGGCAGAUCCAGUUCCCAAUGGUUUGCAAGCUUUGCCAGUGUUCUAUGCCUGCACAAUUGGAAUAAACCUCUUUUCCAUCAUGUAUAGUGGAGCACCGUUGCUGGGCUUUGACAAACUUCCUCUGUGGGGCACCAUCCUCAUCUCGGUGGGAUGUGCAGUUUUCUGUGCCCUUAUCGUCUGGUUCUUUGUAUGUCCCAGGAUGAAGAGAAAAAUUGAACGAGAAAUAAAGUCUAGUCCUUCCGAAAGCCCCUUAAUGGAAAAAAAGAACAGCUUGAAAGAAGACCAUGAAGAAACAAAGUUGUCUCUGAGUGAUGUUGAGACCAGGAACCCUGUUUCGGAGGGAGGGUCUGCCACUGUGCCCCUGCGGGCUGUGGUGGAGGAGAGGACAGUCUCAUUCAAACUGGGAGACUUGGAGGAGGCUCCGGAGCGAGAGCGGCUUCCCAGCAUGGACCUGAAAGAGGAAACCAGUGUAGACAGUGCCAUGAAUGGUGCAGUGCAGUUGCCUAAUGGGAACCUUGUUCAGUUCAGUCAAGCCGUCAGCAACCAGAUGAGCUCCAGUGGCCACUAUCAGUAUCACACCGUGCAUAAGGAUUCUGGCUUAUACAAAGAGCUGCUCCAUAAAUUACAUCUUGCUAAGGUGGGGGAUUGCAUGGGAGACUCUGGCGACAAACCCUUGAGGCGUAAUAAUAGCUAUACUUCUUAUACCAUGGCCAUUUGUGGCAUGCCUCUGGAUUCAUUCCGUGCCAAAGAAGGUGAACAGAAAGGUGAAGAAAUGGAGAAGCUGACAUGGCCCAAUGCAGACAGCAAGAAACGAAUCCGAAUGGACAGUUACACCAGCUAUUGUAAUGCUGUGUCUGACAUUCACUCAGCGUCUGAGAUGGACAUGAAUGUCAAGGUAGAGGUGGGUCUGGGUGACAGAAAAGGAAGUAGCAGCUCUCUGGAAGAAUGGUGUGACCAGGAUAAGCCGGAAGUGUCUCUCCUCUUCCAGUUCCUGCAGAUCCUCACAGCCUGCUUUGGGUCAUUCGCCCACGGUGGCAAUGACGUCAGCAAUGCCAUCGGUCCUCUGGUUGCAUUGUAUCUGGUUUAUGAAACGGGAGAUGUUUCUUCAAAAGUAGCAACACCGAUUUGGCUUCUGCUCUAUGGUGGUGUUGGUAUCUGCAUUGGUCUGUGGGUUUGGGGAAGGAGAGUUAUCCAGACAAUGGGGAAAGAUCUGACACCAAUCACACCCUCUAGUGGCUUCAGUAUUGAACUGGCAUCUGCCCUCACUGUGGUAAUUGCAUCAAAUAUUGGCCUUCCCAUCAGUACAACACAUUGUAAGGUGGGCUCUGUUGUGUCCGUUGGCUGGCUCCGAUCCAAAAAGGCUGUUGAUUGGCGACUCUUUCGUAACAUUUUCAUGGCCUGGUUUGUCACGGUUCCCAUUUCUGGCGUUAUCAGUGCUGCUAUUAUGGCGAUCUUCAAAUAUGUCAUCCUCAGAGUGUGAAGCUGUUUGAGAUUAAAGUGUGCAUCCAUGUGUGGUACCACUGGAUGGUCCUACUCCUUUGAAGAAUGAUUGCAGUGUUACAGAAGACUGACAAGUGUUUUUAAAGUUUUGGAGCUGUGGGAGGGAAGUGUUACUUGUGCUAUAAUUGCUUUCUUGCUAAAUAUGACUUGUCUCAAAAUUAGCCGUGUAAAAUAGCCAGGUUUCCACUGGUUCCCUUUCAGGUCCCCUUUCUGGGCUGUGAAUUCCUGUACAUACUUCUCUACUUUUUGUAUCAGGCUUCAAUUUCAUUUUGUUUUAAUGUUGUCUCUGAAGAGAUCUUGUGAUUUUUUUUUUUUAAGACCCAUUCAGAGCCAUUGACAGCGUGCUCUGCUUUUGGUGGUUUCACCAGCCUCUGCCCUAACACGCACAGGAACCUAACAGCAAAAGUCAUUAACUGAAGCUUCCCUUGUAGUCUCUUGGAGAAAUAAUCACUUGUACCCUGCCCUCCUGUUGGUAGUGGCAGGUUCUAUUGACAUAUGUGGGAACUUCUUACAGAGACUAGGUUCUUUGGACACUGAAAAUUAAGUUUGUAGUAACUUCUUUGCAGGCAGUUCACUGACUAUUAUUGCUAAGAAGUAGAAAGAAAAAGCCUUCUGGCAGUCUUGGUUAUUUCUUUAAGAUUUAUGGCAGUGUGGGAUGGAUAAAUGAAGUGGAAUAAGAGUAAAAUGGGACAGCCUUCCAUGUUCAUCUGUCUACCUCUUACCUGAAUAAAAAGCCUACAGUUUUUAGAAAAUUUUGUUCU